UUCAGAAAACGGGGUCAGAGCUGCAGACCAUAAAGCAGUUAAAAUAAACCUACAAAUGAAUAUAUACUGCAAUGAUCUAGAUUUGCAAAGAAGCCAUUAUCGCACAUUUUAAUAGUAUUUGUUUCUUUUUAAUUCGUUUAACUUUCUCCUGUUGGUGUUUAACGGCCGUAUUUGUAGCUUUACAAAGAGAAGAGUGUCCAAAAUGAACCUCUGGUUUCCCAGUAUGCAAGAAAGUGGUCAGCACAUUUUCCUAUAGUUGGAAGCAAAAGGCACAGGAUAAACUGAGUCUGCCCCUCCACAAGCUCAUCACGGAAUCCCCGACAAGGUGGGGAUCUCGACUGCAGAUGAUGGAAAGAGUCCUGGAGCAGGAAAAGGCCAUCACACAAGUCCUGGCAGCAGACAAAAAAAACACGGCACAUUGCACCCUCCUGGCAAGACAUUGAGGUCUUUAAAUCUAACCCGGCAGCACUUAAGCCCCUCCAGGAGAGACAUACGUGAAGGUGUGUCCUAUCUGAAGCCGGUCCUCCAUUUGUUCAAGAUGGAGGUUCGGAAAUUAAAUGAUGGCGAAGCCAACCUGACCCGAGAGAUUAAGAUGAGUGUCCUCAAUUACCUGAAUGACAAAUACACCGACCCUGAAACAGAUGAGCUGCUCACCAUGGCUACCUUUCUGGACUCAAGGUUCAAGACCACCUACAUGACCACUGAGAAGCUGGUGAAGGUGAGAGCUGCCUCCGAGACAGAAGCCCUCCUGGUAUGGGAACACAGCCGUGGGAGACUUCUCUCUUGAAGAGGACUAGAGUGAGAGAGAGAAGCAAGCUGCCACUGCUCCACAAUCCGCAAAGAAGUCCAAGAAGAGCCUUGGGAGCUUCUUUAAGAAAAGCUGUAGUGCACCUGCCUUAAGAACCCAGAGACAGGUCAUGGAGUGAGAGCUGGACGGCUACACUCUGAUGAUGGCAGCAGACAGUCAGGCUGAUCCUUUGGAGUGGUGGCGAGUUCACACUUCCCACAACCACCAUGGCUGAGGAGCGGAGGCCGAAGCAGUGCACUGUGGUUCUGCCCACGGAGUCAAUGAAGGCCAUGGCAGAGUCCAUAGGAGUGGGGCAGCUACAGGAGGAGAGCUGUGCCGCCCUGAGCGAUGAGGUCAGCUACAGAAUAAAGGAGAUCGCCCAGGACGCGUUGAAGUUUAUGCACCACGGAAAGAGAUGUAAACUGACGACCAGCGACAUAGAUCACGCUCUUAAACUGAAGAAUGUAGAGCCUCUCUAUGGCUUCCAGUCGCAGGAAUUCAUCCCGUUCCGCUUCGCCAGUGGAGGAGGGAGAGAGCUUCACUUCUACGAGGAGAAUGAGGUGGACCUCAGUGACAUCAUCAACACACCCCUCCCUAGAGUCCCCCUUGACGUUUCUCUCAAAGCUCACUGGUUAAGUAUUGAAGGUGUCCAGCCUGCUAUACCAGAGAACCCACCCCCAGCCCCCAAAGAGCAGCAGAAGACUGAAUCUACAGAGCCUCUCAAAGCGGUCAAGCCUGGUCAGGAGGAGGAGGGCUCCAUCCAGAAGGGCCAGGGAGCUACAUCUGCAGAGGCUAAAGGUAAGAAGGAUGGUCUGAUGAGGAUGAAGCCCCGCAGUACUCACGAGCUCUCAGUGGAACAGCAGCUCUACUACAAGGAGAUCACGGAGGCCUGCGUCGGGUCCUGUGAGGCCAAGAGAGCUGAGGCUCUACAGAGUAUCGCCACAGACCCCGGGCUCUACCAGAUGCUUCCCAGAUUCAGCACUUUUAUUUCUGAAGGGGUCCGUGUGAACGUGGUGCAGAACAACCUGGCCCUGCUCAUCUACCUGAUGAGGAUGGUCAAGGCCCUCAUGGACAACCCCACGCUCUACCUAGAGAAAUAUCUGCACGAGUUGAUCCCAGCGGUGGUGACGUGUAUAGUGAGUAAGCAGCUGUGUUUGCGGCCUGACGUGGACAACCACUGGGCUCUGAGGGACUUCGCUGCCCGUCUGAUGGCCCAGAGCUGUAAGACCUUCAGCACCACCACCAACAACAUCCAGUCACGCAUCACCAAGACCUUCACCAAGAGCUGGUUGGAUGACAAGACUCAGUGGACGACACGCUACGGAUGUAUCGCUGGACUGUCUGAACUAGGACCUGACGUGAUCAAAACGUUGAUCCUGCCCAGGCUCACUGUAGAAGGAGCUCGUAUCAAAGUAGUGUCUGAUGGACCUGUUGUCUCCAACAUUGAUAAGAUAGGAGCAGACCACGUCCAAAGCCUUUUACUGAAACACUGUGCCAGCGUCAUCGCUAAAACCCGUCCCCUGCCUGACAACGUGGAGCAGUACCGGGCAGACUACGGUUACCUUGGGCCCAUGCUGUGUUCUCAUGUGGUCAAGGCCAGGGCCCAGGCAGCACUACAGGCCCAGCAGGUCAACAGAACCACACUCACCAUCACACAGCCUCGGCCCACCCUAACUGUGUCUCAGAGCGGAAUAGGAGGGUCAGGGGGGUCCCGUACCCCCAGCAUCAUCAAGGUACCCAGCUCCCUCACCCUCAUGUCCACCCGACCAGGCACCCCAACACAGCCAUCGCCCCCGGCAACCAAGUACAUCGUCAUGGCAACCAGCUCAGGGGCAUCUUCCACCCAGCAGGUGAUCACUCGGACUUCCUCCUCAGUGACCAGCACGGUCGCCAGCGCUACCUCCACGCUGCAGCCUCUGGUCAAGCUGGAGUCUGGAGGGCCCGGCGGCCUGGGGGGGUCACGACCCCUCCAGAAGUACAUUGUGGUGUCCCUCCCCUCAUCCUCCUCUCUGGAAAGUAAGAGUGGCGUGCUCCCUCCCUCUUCUUCUUCCGCCUCCCCCAUUUUACUGGAAGCCGGGAUGAAGAUGGAUUGCUCAGACUCCCCUGGCGCCAGCACACAGUCCCCGCGCUGAGACUGUGUGUGUCCCAAAUGGCAAACAAUUCCCUUUAUAGUACACUAUUGUUGACCAGGGGCCAUAGGGCUCUGGUCAAAAGUAGUGUGCUAUGUAAGGAAUAGGGUGCCGUUUGACACAGACACUGGCUUGUAAUUGGCUGAGUGGGGUGAGACAGCCAUCUGAUGGUAAUAA